GGGCCGUGUGCACAUUUGGCUUUGUCCGGUCGUCGCGUCUGUCCAUCCGCGGGCCGGCCCAAUCUGACCUCAGUUCUCGUCAGCCUCUUUGCUCCUCCGAGUGCGGCUCCACACGCCUCUUAUGACUGGACGGGCUUUGUGAGUCAUCCGACUUGGCCGGUCUGUCCGCGUCUUUGUCCGUGUCCCCGGCGUCGGUCCAACGCGGCGGGACGCGUUUGCGUUCACAGACCGGACGCACGCCCAACCCACUCAACACGACCCGACCCGACCCCAACCCGACCCCAACCGACCGGCCUUUCCCUUUCCUCCUCUCCUCGAGGCCACCCUCGGCUCGGUCUGUCUCGCCCCUCUCGGCCCACACCUGAGCUGAGGGCCUCACCUUUGCCCGGCCGCGUCCCUUUCGGGCCCUCUCGCCGACCCGCUGACUCACACGACAGCCUCUCUCUCUCCUCGCUCCUCUCGCUCCUCUCGCUCCUCUCGCUCCUCGUUCGGCCCGACAGCUUGGCCGCUCUUACAACCUCCACUCGAUCUGCGAUCCCUCGCCCGCCUCGUUCGGCCAUCUCGUGCCCAGCACACCCACCACCCAGUCGGACAUGA